AUGGCGGUAGCUUGGCUAGUUUCUGCUCAAUUUGUUGCCAAUGCUUUCGUUGAACAGUACUACAAAUUACUUCACCAAUCGCCUGCCCUUGUUCAUAAAUUUUAUCAGGACAACAGCAUGCUCGGUCGUCCCGGCGAAGACGGCUCCAUGAUCAUCACUUCAACCAUGGAGGCUAUUAAUGCGAAGAUACUCUCCUUGAACUACGGUGAUUUCAGUACAGAAAUUAAGUCUUUCUCUGCACAAGAAUCUUACUAUGGAGGAGUUCACGUACUUGUAACUGGAUUUCUGAUUGGGAAGGAUAACAGCUCCCAAUCAUUUACUCAAACUUUCUUUCUUGCUCCGCAUGAAAAAGGAUACUAUGUACUGAAUGACAUGUUCUAUUACGUGGAGAAAUCGACUUAUUCUUCUAAUGGAUCUCAUGCUUCCUAUAGUGACGCUGAGUCUCUUCUGGAUCAAGAACGAAAUUCUUCUCAGGUGGAUGGAAACCCCGUGUCUACGCGAGCUCUCCCAUCAACAGAGGUUACCAGUGAAUCAGAAGGAAUUCCAUUUGACAUCGGAAAAGUUACAUUUGAGGAAGACAAGGAGGAGGGGUUAGAUCCCGAAACAGCUGUUGAUGAAUCAAUGGUGGAUGUUGAAUCUGACUCCACAAUUGAGGAAGAUCUAAUAAAGUCUUAUGCUGCCGAUGUAAAAUCUGAUGAUUCAGUGGUGGUUGUUGAGUCUGUCUCCAUAAUUGAGGAAGAUCCAAAGAAGUCUUAUGCUGCAGAUGUAAAAUCUGAUGAUUCAGCAAUGGUGGUUGAGCCUAUCUCCAGAAUUGUGGAAGAUUCAAAGAAGUCUUAUGCUGCCAUUGUCAUGGAUAGGAAGGAGAGUGUUACUAUGUCCUCUCAUUUGCUUAAUCCUGGAAGACCUCUGGCUUCUGAAGCUCAAUCCAAUGCUUCUGGGAUUAAUAAAAAAGAGGAAGAAGGGUCGGAUCGAAGUUACUCAAUCUAUGUAAAAGGUCUGCCUCUAACUACAACAACAACCAUUCUUGAGGGUGUGUUCAAGGAUUUCGGACCCAUUAAGAGUGGUGGCAUUCAAAUAAUCAGAAAUAAAUUGCAGCAGCAAGGAUUUUGUUUUGGAUUUGUGGAGUUUGAGGUGCCUGAUGCAGUGGAAAAAGCACUUCAGGCAUCACCAAUUAUUAUUGGCGGUCGUAGAGUCUAUGUGGAGGAGAAGAGGUCUAACCAUUCAGGAGCAACAUACAGGGGGCAUUUUCCAGGUGGAAGCUUCAGGGAUGAAAAAUGCAAAUACAACAAUAAUAGAAAUGAAUUUGGUAACAACAAACGAGGAUAUGGAGAUCAAAGGACGGAGCAUAAUUAUGGUCGCAUGAACCGUAACCACCAAGUGUUUGUUGUCAGAAAGAAGUCUGCUACUGCUUGAAAAAAGUACGACUUCUUCUCAACUGGUCUGUCAUACUCCCAAACUCCUUUGGCUAGAGUUUACAAGAUGUUAAAUGACUAGUAAGUGGCUUAUCCUUGUAUGUACAUAGUUGAGGUUGGUAAUAGGAUCAGAAAGAGUAGAUUGAAGACUUUUGAUAUGAGGUUGUGAUAAUUGUUGGAUAUUUUGAUUGAAA